UGAGUCGUUGAUGUAUUCGUUUCAUCGCCAUAAGGAUGAUGAUGAUGGACAUGGGCAUGUACGGGACCUACGGUAAGCCAGAUUCAUAUCCCAACUACGUGUUCGCUGGUCAAGGGAAUCAUCAUCAUCAGGCUUCUACCGUCGGUGGACAUGUGUCUGUACCACCAUCACCCGAUCUUGCACCGAGUCAUUACUACCCUCAGACUGCAGUGGCUCCUUACUCAUCUUCGUCAUCCGAAAGUUUCCUGACUGCUGAGUCUGGUGCUUCGUCGAGUACGCCGCCUCAAAGUUUCUACUCGCCGACGGGAGCUGUACUACACGAGGAUGGUACUACUACGGCGAUCAUUUCGUCGGAGAACGGUCUAAGUUAUACCAAUCUUGAUUAUGCUUCCUCUUCGACGUACUCAGGUCAACAACAACAACAACAACAACAACAACAACAACAACCACAAUCACACGCAGGAUCCCAUGGUUCGAACGAACCCCAUCAAAGUUACCAUGUACAGCAAAACACCUACAGAGAAGAUCAUCAUCAUCAUCAUCACCACCACCACCAUCAUCCACCGAGUCUUCAUCAAACUGCUACCUUACAAACCCAUCAAAGAACGGAACUUGAUUUGCACCAGCCAACCUCUAGUCAUCAUCAUCAUCAUCAUCCUCCUCCUCCUCCUCCUCCUCCUCACCUUCGGCAUGAACCCGAAUAUCAGGUACCAGUCGGUGCAACUCCCAAUUACGUUCACCAAUACGAAGAUUCUCUUCACUAUCACGCUCCGAUCAGACAGAACGAGUUCCCCGGUCAUCCUACAGGACAUUACAAAGAAGAGAAUCGUGAUCCAACCUCUUAUCACGCUCUUCCACAGCCAGGACAACAUUCUCAACAACAGCAACAACAUCCUCAUCCGCAACAUCCUCAUCAUCAGCAACACUCUCAUCAGCACCAACAACAACAACAACAACAACAACAACAACAACAACAACAGCAGCAAGCCCAAGUACCUACUUACAAAUGGAUGCAAGUUAAGAGAAAUGUUCCUAAGCCCGUCGCUACAAAGACGACUCACAAUGCUGGAGAUUUUAUCGGUAACACGGUCGGUGGUACAAAUCCAUCGGUUUAUGGAAAUUCAACGAGUGGUACCGUGAACUGUCUUACUGGCGGUCCAUUAGCUGGUAUAACAAGUGGCUUCAACAAUACCGGUCGUACGAACUUCACUAACAAACAACUAACCGAAUUGGAGAAGGAAUUCCAUUUUAACAAGUACUUGACACGCGCGAGACGCAUCGAAAUAGCCUCGGCCCUUCAACUAAACGAGACGCAAGUGAAAAUCUGGUUUCAGAAUAGACGAAUGAAGCAGAAGAAGAGAAUGAAGGAAGGCCUUAUACCGGCCGAUGGUGGAAACGUCACUCAACUAACUGGUGCGAGGAGUAGCAGUAAUUCACCGACGAGCAAUCACCAAACAACAACCAAUCAGGACAAUAUCGCUGGACUUAGUCUAUCCAGUUUUACCAGCGACAAUAGUCGAGAAUCACCGCCUAUAUCGAUCAAAGAUUAAUUCGAUCAUUUAUGAUCUUACGUUUCACGAUAAGACGAUGAUUGAAACUAAACUAAGACUCUAUUAAUAGGAAGCAAAAAAUAAUUAUUAAUAUCCAACCAAUGAGACAAAACAAAAAAAUAUUCCUCUUAUGUUUUCUUAAGAUAUUACUCGAAUAUUAUUAGAUUCAACAAUUUCAUUUAUACGGAUCUUAUUUUCGAAUCGUCACGUUUGUUAUAGCUGGAACUUCUUAAAUUUAACGAUUUAAGAUAUAAACAUAUUUUUAAUGUUUUUUUUUUUUUUAAAUUGAAAAAAAAUUUUUUUCUUCAUUUCAUUAUUUCCAUAAUUGAUAUUAAACUCGAGACAUAACUCUCGCAUUUAAAUAAAACAUAAAUGUAUGAAAGUUCGUCUUAAAAUUGAAAAUAUUUAUGAUUUAGUUGUUAUUUUAAUUAUUAUCCGAUAUAAGCGAAUUUUCUUACUACUUUGUGUUACAACGUUACCAAUGUAAAUUAUCUUAUUCUGAACGAUCUUCGUAAAUUUAUUUUUUUUUUUAUUUACAUGAUUACAUGAACUAUCUAAGAAGAAACUAAUGUCCUGAGAGAGCACUCGUUAGAUUAACAAAAAAAAGAGAAAAAAAAAAAGAAAAAAAAAAGGAAAAGAAACAGAAAACGAAAAAAAAUACACCUAGAGAUAAUACAAACCAUUUAGAUUAUGAGAUUAUCUUUUAAUUAGGUAAUCCUACUAUCGAUAAAAUAAACGAAGAUGCAAAUACAAUUGAUAGCAAAAAAAAAA